AACUUUUCUGUGCUGCUGCUGGUCGCCGUGCUACAGUGCUCGGAUUUACGGUGUUUUCUGUGGUUUUCAGCCGAUUUAUGAACGAAGCGGCUGGAAAUUAUCGUCCUCGACGUGAGCCCCAACGUUUGACCUAAAGCGGAGGUAAAGGCGACGCAAAAUGUCGGCUUUUUUGCAAUGUAUCGAGGUGGAAAACUUCAAGUCCUACCGGGGACGCACAACGAUUGGACCGUUGAAGCGCUUUUCUGCUGUUAUCGGACCGAAUGGAUCUGGAAAGUCCAAUUUCAUGGACGCCAUCAGCUUCGUCAUGGGAGAGAAAACGAGCAGCCUCCGUGUACGGAAGCUGACGGAACUCAUAAACGGUGCCUCGAUCGGGCGUCCCAUUUCGAACCGUGCGUCAGUGAUGGCGAGGUUUAUCAUCACGAACGAAACGGAGGGUGAAGUCGAGAAAACGUUCCAACGGUCCGUCAUUAAUGCAUCGUCCGAGUAUCGCAUUAACGGUUCGGUAGUAUCUCCGCAACACUACCUAGCCGAGCUCGAAAAACUGGGCAUCAAUGUGAAGGCGAAGAAUUUCCUCGUAUUCCAGGGCGCGGUUGAGACCAUCGCGAUCAAGAAUGCGAAGGAACGUACCGCACUUUUCGAGGAGAUCAGUGGGUCGGGCUUGCUGAAGGAGGAAUACAACCGGCUGAAGCACGAGAUGCAGAUGGCCGAAGAAGAGACACAAUUUACCUACCAGAAGAAGAAAGGUAUCGCUGCUGAACGCAAGGAAGCAAAGCUUGAAAAACAAGAAGCUGAUCGGUACACAAGCCUCAAACAGGAGUGUAGCGAAAAGCAAGUCCACUAUCAACUGUUCCGCUUGUUCCACAACGAGAAGGAAUCGAAACGCCUGAAGGAGGACCAAAUCAGCAAGCAGCAGGAGCUAAACAUCAUUGAAAAGCGCAAGGAGGAAGCGGACGAAAUUUUGAAGGAGAAAAAGAAGGAGGUUGGCAAAAUGUCACGCGAAAUGGCCAAAAAAGAGCAGGAAAUACGGGAAGUAGAGGCGGAAAUGAGCAAACGCCAUCCGAUGUUCAUCAAAGCGAAGGAAAAGGUAAUGCACACGCAGAAAAAGCUUGACGGGGCGCUGAAAACGCUCGAGCAGGCGCGCCGAGCCGACGAAGCACACCAGGCCGACAUAAAAAAGCUGGUGGACGAACUGCACGAGGUGGAAGUGAAGCGGGCCGCGUUCGAGAACGAGGUGGCAGGUGAAUCGAAGAAGCGGGGCAGCAAUGUCCAUCUCGAGCGUGAUCUGGUACAGGAGUACGAUCGGUUGAAACAGAAGGCGGAUGGAACGUCGGGUAAAUAUCUCAUCCAUCUGGAUUCGGUAAACCGCGAACAAAAGUCGGACCAGGAUCUGCUCGACAGCGAAAUCAACAAGAAGGCCCAGAUCGAGGAGAACUAUAAGAAAAUUGAGUCGGAAAGAAAUGAAGCACUCAAGCGGCAGGAAAAGCUGAUCGAUCACAUCAAAACCAGCAAGAUGGGGCUGGAAGAGCAGCGACGCAUCAAGGCGGAACUGAGCCAAGACGUGGGCACCUCGAAGGAGCGCAUCCACGAGCUACAAUCCGAGCUGGACAAUGUGCGCGAGCAGCUGGGCGAUGCCAAAAUCGACAAGCACGAAGAUGCACGCCGCAAGAAGAAGCAGGAAGUGGUCGAACUGUUUAAGCUGGAGGUGCCGGGCGUGUACGACCGCAUGAUCAACAUGUGUCAGCCGACCCACAAGCGCUACAACGUCGCGGUAACGAAGGUGCUGGGCAAGUACAUGGAAGCGAUCAUCGUGGACACGGAGAAAACGGCCCGGCGCUGUAUUCAGAUACUGAAGGAGAAAAUGUUGGACGUGGAAACGUUCCUGCCGCUCGACUACAUACAGAAGAAACCGCUCAAGGAGCGCCUCAGGAACAUUGAAGAGCCGCGAAAUGUGAAGCUGAUUUAUGAUGUGCUGAAGUUCAGUCCGCCGGAAAUCGAACCGGCCGUCCUGUUUGCGACCAACAAUGCACUCGUUUGCGAAACUCCGGACGAUGCGAUGAAGGUGGCGUACGAAAUCGAUCGCAGCCGUUACGAUGCGCUAGCGCUGGACGGAACAUUCUACCAGAAGUCGGGCAUUAUCUCUGGCGGCAGCCACGAUCUCGCUCGCAAGGCUAAACGGUGGGACGAAAAGCAUAUGGCACAGCUGAAGCUGCAGAAGGAAAAGAUCACCGAGGAGCUGAAGGAGGUGAUGAAGAAAACCCGCCGUCAGGGAGAACUCACGACGGUGGAAAGUCAGAUACGGGGACUCGAAAAUCGGCUCAAAUAUAGCCAAAAUGACUUGGAAACGUCCAAAAAGAACAUGAACGAGUAUGACAGGCAGCUGGAAGAUUUCACCCGUCAGCUGGAUCAGAUUGGUCCCAAGAUAAGCGAAAUCGAGCGUAGAAUGCAGCAGCGCGAUAUGAAGAUACAGGACAUUAAGGAAAGCAUGAACAACGUGGAGGACGAUGUGUACGCUGAGUUUUGCGCUCGCAUCGGGGUGGCCAACAUUCGCCAGUUCGAGGAGCGUGAGCUGGUGCUGCAGCAGGAGCGUGCGAAGAAGCGGGCCGAGUUCGAGCAGCAGAUCGAUCGCAUCAACAACAAUCUUGAGUUUGAGCGUUCGAAAGAUACGUCGAAAAAUGUGCAGCGCUGGGAGCGUGCGGUGCAGGACGAUGAGGAUUCGCUCGAGACGUACAAGCAAACGGAGGCUCGGCAGCGCCAGGAGAUAGAAAAGGACAAGGAGAAGAUAGAGCUGAUGAAGCAGGAGAAAGCUGCCCACAAAAACCUGGUCGAUCAGAUGGAGGAAGAGAUGGCAAAGGCAAGGCGGGAGGUGCAGGCACUAGCGAAGGAACUGGCCGCGAUUCAGCAAAGCAUAGCUAACAUAGAUUCCCGAAUGGAAACCAUGAAAAGCAAGCGGCACAACAUACUGAUGCAGGCCAAGAUGGAUGCGAUCGAGAUACCGCUGCUGCAAGGUUCCAUGGACGACAUCGGGCAGCAGCAGGCAGCCCAGCCAGCGCAGGCGGCUGGUGGUGGACAGGGCGGAGAUUACGCGGCCGAUGGAACGCCCGGCGGCGGUGGGUCAGCUUAUGAGCGGGAAAGCCGUAUCGAAAUAGACUACCGUAAGCUCGAGCACCAGCUGAAGAAUCUGUCCGAUCCGGAUCAGAUUAAAAAAAGCGGCGACACGCUAGCGAAGGAACUGCAGGCCAAGCUUGACACGCUCGAGAAGAUACAAACACCCAACAUGAAGGCGAUGCAGAAGCUAGACCGCGUGACGGAGAAAAUCCAGUCGACGAACGAAGAGUUCGAGGUGGCUCGGAAAAAGGCGAAAAAGGCAAAGGCAGCAUUCGAGAAGGUGAAAAACGAACGGUGUACGCUGUUCACCAAUUGCUGCAAUCACAUCUCCGAUGCGAUCGACGCCAUCUACAAACAGCUGUCGAGGAACGAGGCCGCCCAAGCAUACCUGGGACCAGACAAUCCGGAGGAACCAUACCUCGACGGUAUUAACUACAAUUGCGUUGCGCCCGGCAAACGAUUCCAGCCGAUGAGCAAUCUGAGCGGUGGUGAGAAGACGAUCGCUGCCCUUGCGCUGCUGUUCGCCAUUCACAGCUUCCAGCCGGCACCAUUUUUCGUGCUGGACGAAAUCGAUGCGGCUCUCGACAACACGAACAUCGGUAAGGUGGCGUCUUAUAUACGGGAGAAAACAACCAACCUGCAGACGAUCGUAAUAUCGCUGAAGGAGGAGUUUUACUCGCACGCGGACGUACUGAUCGGUAUCUGUCCAAAUCCGGCCGACUGUCUGGUGUCGCAAACACUGCUCUUCGAUUUGGAGCAGUAUGAGCAUCGUAAUGAAUACUAGAGCAAAUUGGUUCCACCAUCGAGACGUAGGUAUUUUCUCCAUCAAGUACGACUAUAUUAGGCCGGUGCUGGGCGAUAUUCAUCCUACCAUUUUUUUUAUACUUAGACGACUUCUGUUUCUGUUUUGUGCUUCAGUUGCCUAGUUUAAGAGCGCGUUGGAACUGUUGGACAUGUUUUCAAUAUCAGACGAAUAAUUUAUCAUUUAUGGAAUAAUAUAAUAACGAGCAGUAUGUAAUAAUUAAUAAAUAAUAAAAAU